AUGUUGUCUUCUCACCGACUUGAGUCCAUUGCUCUCGUGCUUGUGCUGACGUUGCUCGGUAUAAACUUCGCCUACAAGCUGGUCAGCCUAACGCGGCUCUACUCCCUGCAAACUCCGGAGCCCAUAAACGGAGGCGUGUGGGACGUCGAGCGCAAGCCCGUCGCGUUCCAGUUCGACAGCGGCCUGCACUACGGCUUCAACGCCUCCGCCGCCUGGUCCGCGCUCGUCCCCGGGGACGGGCUCGUCCACCUCGGCGCGUCCCGCGAGCCGUUCCUGCCGUCCAUGUUCCACCAGCUGCGCUGCCUCGACAUCAUGCGCGAGCAGCUCACGAAGCCCCGCGCGCAGCGCACGGAGCAGCCCGCGCGGCACUGCAUGAACUACAUCCGGCAGAUGAUCCUGUGCCGCGGGGACACGCACCUCGACCCGUACCAGUACCCGUCGAACAUCAGGCCCGUGGACGCGAACCCGAUCCGCCGCUGCUUGGACUGGCGCGCGGUGUAUGCAGCGGUGGAGGAGAACCAGCGGGAGUAUGCGGAGUGGGCGGCGGCGGGCGGGAGGCGGGCACGGGAACUGUGA